GAGAGUGACCAGAUGUGGCACGAGGUACAGAGGAAUCUCCGAUCGUGGAAGACGUAUAAAGAUAGAUUAAAAACGGUUGUGGAAAAGCGCGAAAGCACGUUUGCACCGUGGUAUCUGAUGAAAGUCAAGCUACUCGAACGCCUUAUCUCUAAAAAGGAAUUAAUGUUGAUGCUUCUGCUGCCAACUCUCCGCCUCUCUGUCCAAGACGUGAUCAAUCAGAAUGUUUAUCACUUUAUUUUUUCAUCCCAUUUCGAGUUGGAAUCUUGGAAAGAUCUAAUCGAAGAAAAUAAUUACCCUUAUAAUGAACUUUCUGUAUUACUGGAUUAUGUCAAAAACUUUUGUCAGAUUCCGCAAAUGACUUUACAGAAAUACAUGUCGAGCCCGUUCAGCUAUGUAAACGGCACACUGGAAGUACAUAUUCAUCAAGUCAGAGAUUUAGAUACGGAUAUAGAAGCCUUCAUCACAUUGCAAGUGGACAGUUUCGGCGGUUAUUUCAAUAGAAUAUACACCACAAAUAUAUCAGAAUGCAGCAAUUGUCCCAUCUUCGAUGAGAGAUUUGAUAUUCCACUGAGCUGUUCGCAGCAUCUGAAAAUCUGCUUCUAUAAAAAGGAUCCAAUGGCAAUGGAGUUCGAACUGUUUUCUACAGGAAUAUUCGAUAUUUGGAAAGAAUCACUAACUGCGGACUAUCGACUGGUGACAAUUCCACUUUUCAUGCGCGACACCCUCCAGGAGAAGAUAAUUCCCGAGAUAGACAUCGAUAACCCAAUUGAGUCAUUCUACACACACAAGCCUCAUCAGAAAACUGUGGUCGCGCUGACGUUGCGCCUGAUCUCAAAGGCAGAAUACGAAAUAAAGGAAAAUCCUCAGGUAUUUGGCAAAAGUAUUAAAGAGACAAUCACGCGUGAAGGGAUGCUGAUUCCUCUCAUCGUUACCAGUUGCAUCAAGGAAAUCGAGAAAAGAGGACUGGACCAGGAAUCGUUAUACAUUUCGAAGGGGAACACGCUAAAUGUGUGUCGCCUGUAUCAAGCAUUUGAACAUUGUUCGAAUUCAGCCGUUGAACUCAUCCAAAACCAGAAAUACACCAUACACGACAUUUCACAAUUACUACUGUGGUACAUCAAAACAUUGCCGAUAUCAUUAUUACAGUGUCCAGAUUCAUUCAUCCUCCUAUACGAUAUAUACAAUGAAACUAGAAAAGAGAUAGCCCUCAGGUCACUGAUUUGCCAAUUACCCAUGGAAGAACGUCGCGUUUUAUUCUGUCUUUUGGAUCAUUUCGUUAAAGUUUGUAGACACAUAGGAAACAAAAUAACACCUACAGCAGUGGGACGGAUACUCUGUGCUGUGUUUUAUGACUUAGAAGGUUCAGAAAAAACAUCAGAGUACCGGAAACAGCAGAAUAAGUUUGUCAGUGUAAUGGAAUACAUUGUUUACUUGAGAUUAGAAGGAAUCAGUCUUUACACAAAUUAAAAACGGAUGAAUAAAGGAAAGAAACUGAAACAAAACAAUAAUAAAAGAGCAAAACUAA